CGAAAAGCCAUCAACAAAGUGAGGAGGUAAAGAGGUGGGAAUUCACGCUCUACUGGAUUUUUAUACCUGAUAGCCAUUCCCACGCUACACCAACCCAACCCAUCAUUAUCCAUGGAGCGCCACUAUCGGCAUCGAGAUAGCAUUUCGCGCCCAUCGGAGUCGAAAUCAAGAACACGGUCGCGCUCACGUUCUCGUUCACCUGACAGAAGCGAUAGACGAAAACACCAUCACCAUCACCAUCAUCGCCUUCACAGAGACCAUCACGACAGCCACAAGCAUAGACACAGACAUGGGAAGGCGGGCGCUCCCGCAUCGUCGGCCCCCAUCAUCCUCCCUUUUAAUGCGCAGGAGAUUUCCAAGCAUGAUCUGCGGUUCUAUGAGCCCAUGUUUGCCAUGUACUUGGAUAUUCAGAAGGAGAUUCUGUUGGAGGAUCUAAGUCCCGAAGAAGUUAAAGGGAGGUGGAAGAGUUUUGUAAGGAAAUGGAACCGUGGAGAACUUGCUGAAGGAUGGUACGAUCCCGAGACACUGCGAAAGGCGCGCAAAAGUGCAAAAGAGGGCGAAAGUUACUUUGCUGGACCGUCAAGACGGUCAUCGCCGGACUAUGAACAUGGUCGUGAGGAAGAGGACGAAGGCGAAGGCAGCCGGGUUGAUAGAGUCUCGAGGCAUCCUGAAGAAGAUAGACUCCGAAGGGCUGACCGCGAAGACCGCAACGAGGAAGAAGACGAAGAAGAGGACUACGGACCCGUGCUUCCAGAAACACAGGGUCAACAACUAAAACAUUCUUCCGGUCCAACAAUUCCAAAACUGCAAGACUUGGAGCUUCGAAAGGAAAUGGCAAUUGAAGAUGCCGAAUUUGCCCAUGAACAGUCCAAACUAUAUCACCGCGCGGCGGCGCGCUCUCAUCGUGAUGAAAUGAAGGAAAUGCAAGACUUUGUUGCUCCUCGCGCAGAACCAGGCACCCAUGAACGUCGUCUUGAGAAACGUCGGGAAGCGGCAGCCGCUAACCGGGCCUUUGCAGAAUCCUCGAGAAGGGGUGGAUCACCAGAGGCCGCGCCGGAUGAGGAAUUGAUGGGCUCUGGCGAGAACGAUUUGGAGGUGUUGAAGAAAGCACAGGAGAAAGAGAAGCGGAAGAAGAACGAGAGGGAGAUUCGCCGAGAAGAGAUUCUGCGGGCGAGAGCCGCGGAGAGGGAGGAAAGAGUGAAGAGGUAUAGGCAGAAGGAGGAGGAAACAAUUGGGUGGCUUAAGACUUUGGCGAAGCAGAGGUUUGGCUGAGGUUCAGCUUUCCUACUUGGUGGUGACAUUAACCUUGACAUAUAAACAAGGCGGCUUGGAUCAUUGUGAAUGGAUAAUAAUGCUCACUUUUGAUUUUUAUUCUAUCAAGAUUCCCAGCCCUGAACUAAAACAACAAAGACGAAAACGAACAAAAGGCCAGCGGCCUGCUAUCAUCACAUCAUGAAGUCCCCCAAUUCUAAACUCUCAACCGUUGGUUCCUAUCUAUCAGAAUUCCCAACCCUGAAUCAGAAUGAUAAAGAUAACACAAACAAAACGAUAACAACUAGUAUGAGAGGCCCACAUAGCAUGUCCGCCAUCCUCGGAUGCAGAGAAUGCGGUCGAUCUGUUCAUAUUCAGUGUUGAUGGAAGCAACCUCGUAGCCAAUUCCAGAGUAAAAAGCACAGAAACUUCAAAGUCGACCUUCGUAUUUCAUAUAUUUUUUAUGUCCAUUCUCAGCUCAACAGAUCCAACUCCCCUCCAUGACGCAGACGGACCAAGAGCCCUAGAUCCAUCAAGUACAGAAAGCAGCAUCUCAUGCUCACAUUGGGGUCACACCCAUAUCAGUAGGCUCGCUUUUUGUAAGCUCCCUGCGCAGAUUAUGCCGUAUCUUGGGCUUCUUCGCUUUUGCAGAGUGCGAUUUCAAACUCGGAGCCGACAAGUUAUCCGAGCGGCUUGUGUCAGUGUACAGCUCAAACGUAGAGAAAAUUUUCUUGCUAUUGUCAUGUGAAGUCGUAGUACUCGGGCGAAUAUUUUCGUUACUCCCGGUAGAUCUCAUAGUACCCCGCCAUGAAGUGCCGACACCUUGAUCACAAGUAGGUCUAUGUGCCUGAGAAUCCGUGGUCAAGGUUAGUUUAGAAGAUGGAAUGAAGUCUGGUACAUCUGGUUUCCAGACACUUUUCUUCGAGUGAGCGUCGUGAGCUUCUGUCGACUUCCCUCCGAUGUUCGAAUUGGAAGAACGAACUUCCUGGAGACUGGGACCUUCACCAGGAGAUUCCACCAGUUUAUAAGUCUUCUUAAG